CCCAGCUCUUCCCAUAGGAGUCAGAAUUCUCUAGCCAUCCUAACCAGACAUCUGCUGUUCCAGUGCGCUGUUCCUAGACGCCCCACUCCAGAGACAGAUGCAUCUCAGCUCUGGGUGAGCAACCCCUGGGCAGUGUCGCUGUGUCGCUGUUCCCCAGCUGCCCCGCCCCAGAGGCGGAUGCAUCUCAGCUUGUGGUCUGUCCCAGUCCGACACCCCAGCCAUGGGCAGAGCCCUGCCGCGACAGCAUGAUGCUGGGGAAAGGGAGCUCCCGGCUCAGGGCCCCCCCUCGAGAGCAGGGGGUCCUGCCACGCUGAGGGUCCUGAUCCUCACCCUGCUCUGGAGGGGGUCCCUGUCCCAGAAGUCUGGUUAUUCCUUCAUGGUGCCGCAGUCGGUGUCGGUGCAGGAAGGUCUCUGCAUUCUUAUCCCCUGCACCUUCGCGUACCCAGCCUCGUUCGACAUCAACAAUAACUGGGCCCAGCUUUACGGAUACUGGUUCAAGAAUAAGGCCAAUGUGGGCUUUGAUCCCCCCGUGGCCAGCAGUAACCCCAGCCAGGGGGUGUCGCAGGAGACCCAGGGCCGGUUCCAGCUGACGGGGGAUCUGGUACGUGGCGAUUGCUCCCUGCAAAUCGCUAACGCCCGAUGGACGGAUGCGGGGAGAUAUUUCCUUACAGUCAAGAAAGGAGACUUUAAAUACAGUUACCGCUCCAAUUACUAUCGCACUCACCCUACGUUAGAGAUCUCCGUGCCAGGGCUGACAGAGAAGCCAGAGAUCCAGAUCUCAUCGGCGCGGGGGUUUUCAGGGACGCUGCUGCCCGGGGAGCCGGUGACUGUGACGUGCACGGCCCCUGGGCGCUGCUCCGGGCCUCCUCCCCAAGUCACUUGGACAGGGUCAUUCAGCAACACAGCCCGGGACGUCUCAGCCCAGCUGCCAAAUGGCACCUGGGCCCAUAGAUCCGCUCUGAGCUUCACGCCCACCUCGAUUGACCACGGCAAAGAGCUCGUCUGCAGAGUCACCUUCAACCCAGCAUGGGGACCUUUCACCAGCAGAACCGUCCAGCUCCGCGUCGGCUACCCGCCUGGACCCCUCAGCAUCACCGGUACCCUGACCAGGAAUGGACGCCCCGGUGAGAGGCCGCACUCUGAGGGCGACGCGAUGUCUCUACUGACUCACGAGGGCGACUCCCUGACCCUGAGCUGUGAGGCUGGGAGCAGAAUCGAGGCCACCCUGAGCUGGGCCAAGGGGAACAAGUCCCUGAGCUCCGGCCAGGGAGGGGCCGGGCACCUGGAGCUGGCGAAUCUCAGCAGAGCAGAUGCUGGGGAGUAUCGGUGCUGGGCAAACAAUUCCUAUGGUUUGGCCAGCCGGGCCCUGCGUGUGCAUGUGCAAUCUCUAGAGAGGACUCUGCAAAUCACCGUCUCCAGAGCUAACAGGAGCGACCCCCAGCUAUUCCAAGACCCCAGCACCGUGGUGGCGAACAGUUCACAGCUCACGGCCCGGGAGGGCGACUCUCUGCGGUUCCUCUGCUCCGUCGCCAGUAGCCCCCCCGCUGCGCUGGGCUGGGUGAGGGGGGGCCGAGCCGUCGAGGACACCCGCUCCGCGGGGAAGAAUCCGCUGCGGCUGGAGCUGCCCAACGUGAUGGCCGAGGACGGGGGGCUGUAUGGCUGCUGGGCCAAGAACAAGGAGAGCUCCGCCCAGGGGACGUUCCAGCUGCUCGUCGAGUACAGCCCCCGGCCGGGGACCAGGCUGAACUCGUCCUGCCAGCACCAGGGGCCCAGAAUCAGCUGCAGCUGCUGCCUGCGCUCCCACCCCCCACCCCAGCUUCAGUGGCAAGUGGACGGGGAGUCCAUGGCUGGGAAUGGCUCAUGGGGGGCCCUGCAGGUCAGCUCCUGGGCUCAGGGGGAUGAGGCUGUCAGCACCCUAAGCUGGACGGGGAGCAGGAACAGAGGCCCCCAGAUCUUCUGCCUCGGUUUCAACCCCCACGGGACCUAUGGUGCCCUGCAUUUUGACUUCAGCCCCCCAUGGAGAGGUGCAGAGGAGCCUGGCAAGCUGCUGGGCGUUGGGGUGGCCUGUGGGCUGGGGAUCGCCGUCGGCUUCUUCCUUCUCGGGCUCUGUGUGCACAAGCUGCGAGGCCGGGAGCCGUCACCCCCCAGCAGUGAGCUCAGGGAGAUGGCUAACGAGAGCCAGGCCGAGCACACAGCCGAUGAGGCCAGCCUGAUCUACAGUAACGUCCCCACAAUCCCCAUGGAUCACAAGACUCCAGCCGCCCGCCGGACCAAAGACGUCCAGGAUGGCGCUGCAGCAGCCCAGGCCCCGCUAGGCCCCGGGGAGCCAGAUGAGCAGUAUUACGCCUCCAUCAACUUCUCCAAGCUGCAGCGCAAAGGGGCGGAGCCUCCAGAGCCCCCCACCACAGAAUAUUCUGAGGUCCGGCGGAAAUAGCCCCUUAGCGCCAUGGGCCCAGGCUGGGCAUCUCCGGCCCAUCCAGUGCUGUUGGGGGGUCACAGCGAGGGGAGAAGGGGGCAAAGGGUUGGCCCAGGACUGGACCCAGGACGUGGGAAACCUGGGUGCAACUCCCUGCUCCGCCCUGAACUCAGGGCGGAGUCAACUAGGCCUUGGAGAUUCUGGAGCGCUGCAUUGUGGGGAGGUAUCCCAGAGUCCUCUGCAGCCAGGUCCCAAAGCCUGCCCCUUCCCAAACCCCACUGCCCCCGGGGGAAAGAGCCUCUGACCCCUCAGCCACAGAGAGUCUCUCUUCUACCCUGCCUGAGCCCUCACCCACUCGUUUCACAGAUGGACAGGACUUUCAAGCUCAGGGGCAGCAGCUGGCAGGAGCGGAGGGAUGGGCUUGUGUCUAAGGUGCUGGCCUGGCACUUAGGCUUCCUGGGUUUUAGUCCCGGCUCCACUCAAAACACUGUAGGGUGAGGUUGGGCCAGUUGCUGCAUCUGUCUCAGCUCAGUUUGCUCACCUUCAAAAUUAGGCUAAUAAUGGUCCCCUGGGCUGCUUAUAUUAUAAAAUCUUAUGGGCAGGGACUGUCUCUCGCUGUGUGUCUGGGCAGCGCCCGGCACAAUGGGGCCCUGGUCUCUGUUUAGGUCAAUCAGUGCCACGUGAUUCUAACUUCGUAAUAACAAUGUUAUGUUCAAGGUACCAUGUUCACUCCAAAGCCAAAAGCAUCCGACUGUAAACUUCCCUGUUUUCAAGCUGUUACUUGAAAUAGAUUUUCAUGUGUCAUUUUUUGUCACUGCUGCUUUUGAA